ACCUCAGCUGCUCACUUUGCAGAAAAGUCAGACCCAAACGCUGCCCAGCUCGGGCUGCCCCGCUCUCCAAAGCCAGCUGGUCUGGCUUAGCAACGCUGCUUUUAUUCACCUUUUUUUUCCUUUUUUGUUUCGGCUCAUCUUGUUUGAUACAAGGGACAGAGUGAGCAAACCCACAGCUGGAGCUGCUGGGAAUCCUUCCAGGUGAAGACAGAAACACAAAGCACUGGUGCUUACUUACUCACUGACAGCCCGGGAAGCGCGUGCUCUGCUCCGGGAGGAGACGACUCGCUGGAUGGACUGAAGUGAACCGCUGGACGGAGACACGCUGCAAGCAGGACGUGGCGUGACGAAUCAUGCGGGACUGAGCGGAAGGUUCCAGCCAGCAGUUUGAGACUGAGAAGAAAAAACAUUUGAGGAGCUGGAAGUGGAUUGAAGGAGGCAUUAAGAAGCAACGACUGUGAAAGAAAAGAAGAAGAAUAAGUGGGAAAAUCGCAACGAUGGGGAGGAAAAAGAUUCAGAUUGCACGAAUAAUGGAUGAAAGGAACAGACAUGUGACAUUUACAAAGCGCAAGUUCGGCCUGAUGAAGAAAGCCUACGAGCUGAGCGUCCUGUGUGACUGUGAGAUCGCUCUCAUCAUCUUCAACAGCACCAACAAGCUGUUCCAGUACGCCAGCACCGACAUGGACAAGGUUCUGCUCAAAUACACCGAGUACAACGAGCCGCAUGAGAGUAGGACCAACUCGGACAUUGUGGACACUCUACGGAAGAAGGGUUUAAACGGCUGUGAAAGCCCCGACAUCGAAGCUGACGACUCUGCUGGCCAGAGCCCAGAGUUAGAUGACAAGUACUGCAAACUCAACGAAGACAUCGAUCUGAUGAUCAACCGGCAGAGAAUCUGUGGUCUGCCUCCCUCUGGCUAUGACAUGGGGGUGACCAUCCCAGGUAGCAAUCCCAGCGGGCUGCUGUAUUCUCACCAGGCCAUAGGGGGCGCUGUGGGUAAUCACAACUUGCUGCCCAUCUCACACUCAUCCUUGCAGAGAAACACUAUGUCCCCCCAACGACCCUGUAGCACUGGGAAUGCAGGGCUGAUGGCUUCUGACCUUCCCAACACCGUGGUCUCCAGCGUGGGAAAUGGCAACUUCAGCUCCCACUGCAGUUCCCCUGGCCUCAUGUCCCCGGCCAGCGUCUCUAAGAACAUGCAGGACAAGAGUCCUCCUCACAUGGGCAUGAGCCACAAGCCUGACCUCCGCACACUGAUGCCGCCCUCCAACAAGUGCUCCAUCAUGCCAACGAACCAGAGAAUAAAUCACUCACAGACAGCUCAGACUCUGUCCACCCCUGCAGUGUCCAUCGCUGCCUCUGGGAUUGGUGGUUAUCCCUCUGCCAUCUCCUCCUACAGCACAGAGUUUUCCCUCGGCAGCGACCUGUCCUCCCUGUCUGGGUUCGGGGGCUCAGGUCUGGGAUCAGUGGCGAGCUGGCAGCAGCAGCAGCUGCAGAACCUCCAGCACUCGGCACUUGGACACAUGGGAAACUUUUGCCAGAACUCCGGCCUGGACGUCGGCGUUCACAACAACCUUCACAUUAAGUGCGAGCCGGCCUCUCCUCCCAGAGACCGGAGCCUGGGCGUGGGCGGGGCCGUGGGCGGGGCCGGACUCAGAGGAGGCGUCAACACGGCCGGAUACGCCCUUGGCACCGGCCGGGGGCCCCACGAAUCCGGCAGUUCCCCUGGCGACAGCGCCUCCAGCUGUGGCAGCUCGUACGAAGGCAGCGAGGAGCGCGAGGAUCACCACGGCAACGAGAGCUUCCUGCUGCAGCCACUGCACAGUCAGGAGGAACGUCACAGCCCCUCAGUAAAACGGAUGAGGCUAUCAGAAGGCUGGGCCACAUAGUGGGAGGGAGCAUCUCCACAGGAACAGGGGGGAGUAAAAUUACCAUAUAGUGUUAUUAUUAUUAUUAUUAUUAUUAUGAUUAUCACUAUCAUAUUCUCCUUGUACUGAAUGCAUGUGCUUUAUGUUUAAUGGUGGUCUGUAGUUGAGGAGGCUGGUUUUGCGAUGUGAGGUCAGCAUCAGCACACAUCACCUGAAGAACAAAGCUCUCAAGUUUUAUCUGUGUGUCACAAUAUUCUGAACAUCAAUCAUAUGAAAUAUUUAUUUAUUCAAAAUCUGGUAAAAUACACCUUGCCAAUACUCCAUAAAGUUUCAGCUGAUAGUCGACAGAUCUGAGGAUCUCUGCAGCUCCUCCAGAGUCACCAGGAGCCUCUGCAUAAUGCUGCCACUACCAGCCAGCUGAGCUGAGCGAACAUGUGCAGCUGCUGAGCGAACAUGUGCAGCUGCUCCAUCCUCUUGUUCAGUUCCUGCACUGACCAGACAUGUCUUUUGGCUGCAGCUAACGACUAUCCUAAUAAUCUAUUAAUCAGAUUUAAAAAAUGCCCAAUUUUUUUAAGCACUUCAGCUUAUUUUAUGUAAUGUUAGAUAUACAUGAAAAAUAUACAAAUGAACAAAAUUCAAUUACUUUUAAAUGUGAAAAUACACUUUUUAAGCCUAAAAUGCAUGAGCAUCAUUACUCAGCUGGCACUACAGUGUCGGACUCAUCGGCUGAUUAAUAUUUGGAGAACAAAAGGUGCUUAACAGGAGAUUUUUAAAUUUUUUUCAGAAUUUGAACCAUGUGAAGCUAAAAAUGCCACUUAAGUUCUGGGUAGAUCAGAUUUUUCUAUCUUAAAUCCAAGUUGCAGAUGUCUUCAUACAGUUUUUGGUUUAGUUCCUGCUUGAGUGUUUUUUUUUUUUCUUUCAGCAAUUGGCCUUUUUGAGAGCCAGUUAAUAAUUAAUCAAUUAGUAGAUUAGUUGACUACUAUUUCAAUAAUCAAUCAGUCAUGAUUAAUCCAAUGAAUCUGAUUAAUUGUUUCAGCCCUAAACAUAACAGUAGUUUAUCCUUCUCCUGAAUUUUCUUUCUGUUCUGCCUAUUUGGAAAAAUAAGCUCACUUUAAUCAUGUCUUCCCAUUAUUGGACCCAAAGCUCAAACUUUCUCACAAGAAUUUUUUGACACACAAGUAAAUCUUGAGAAUUUUUGUAUUUUAUAUUAAAUUUUUUUGAUGUACGCUGAUAAAUGAGACUUUCACCUGAGGCCAUCUUCCCUGGGGAGGUUUGACGAUGUACAUUUACUGCUUGUUUUCAGUGUGUUUAGGUAGCAUGGGGAUUAUAAGUGAGUUUCUCAUGUAUGCAAGCUAAAGAAGAGGUCAAAGUGAAGAAGUCUGGUACUCUGAACAGUGAAGCUACUGGCGAGUUUGAACGUGGAUCCGCGCUGCUGCUCUCGCUCCACGGCUGUUACACAAGCUGCGUUGCAGGUUCAACACAAACAAAUGCUUCUAAACAUAUCGCACAAUUAAACGAGAACAGGUUAAAGGGCAAAGAAGCCGAUGAAACAAGUAGGAAAAGACUGAAGGAGUAGGGUAGGUGCUGAGCGGGGGAUUCUCCAAACAGAGUAACCACAGGAAGAUCCUGCUGGUCCUGUUAUUGGAAAGGUUGAGGACAGGCAGAGGUGUUGAGAUGGCUGCUGAGAGGUCUAAUGGAGUCAAGGCAACAGGUUGCUUAGGGAAAAAAAUGUUUUAUUAAUUCUACUUGGUAUUGAGAUGCUCAGUUUUCUGAGUCUGGUGGCAAAAAAAAAACUAAAAAAUAUAUAUCCAGAUAGUCAAAACGUCAGGAGCCCUUUGGGCUGGAUCUGACAGGAAGCUAACAAAAUGAACCACUACAGAAUGUUUACACAAAACCUUUCUUCUAGUCCCUACUGACCGCUGGGUGUACGCUGAAACCAAAGCUAAUGAGACAGUAAAUGCUUAAAUAGUAAUAAAAACAACAGAUCAAUACAGAAAGCCAAGCUAAGUUGAAUAUGCUGACAUCUAGAGGCCAUAUUAGAAGUCGCAGCCUCUUUAUUUGCAGAGCUGACAGAACUGUCAGGCUUGUUUCCUCUACAUCUUUGUGGGCGGCUUUGGUUUUCAAAGAAAAUCCAACAAGAAGCAAAAUGUUUCUAUCAAAAGUAGACAUUAUAUAUGUGUCUCUUUGUUUUGUAGAAUGGUUCAAUGGUCGUCCCCUACAACACUAAACAUUCUUCUACUAAGCAGGGGUGAGCAUUUAUCGUAUCGUUGAUCAUUUAUUGUGAUAAAUUUAUUGUCACAAAUUUUCAUGUAUCAUCAUCUUGAUAAUUAAUUAUUAAUAAUUUAUUAAUAAGUAUUCAUUUUGAAUUAAUAACAUUAUCAAUGAUUCAAUUAAUAAUAUUUUAAACCUCCCAAAACUGUCCAUGUUGUUGGGAUUGUUAGUUUUACAAUUUUCUCCACUGUUUUUUCAUUGAGAGUAUCAAAAUAUUUUAAAAUAUGAUUAAAUGUAGUUACAUACAGUUACCUAAAAAAGAAGGGAUAAAUAGUGCUUAUCAGUUUUGUUUAUCACAAAAUAUUGUGAUAAAACUUUAAGUCCACAUCACCCACCCCUUCUGCUUAGUUCUUCUAUUUCCAAAGCACAAAAUGACUCAGAUGAUCAUCCUGUUUUUUACUCUUCUGAUGUGCAAAUUGGUCUCCAGACACUAAAUGAUCCAGUCAUUUAAGCUUAGUUCUAAACAGUCCGUUUCCUGUGUGUUUGAAUGGGCUCCAUGCUGUGUAACUUCCUCUGUUGUGGUUCGUUUUCAGUUUUCUGUCCAGUCCACAUGAAGUCAGACGUCAGAGUGACGGGUCAGAGUGGGGAGCUAUAAAGCCAUAACGUACAGAACAGAGAUGCUUUACUGCACAAACCUGCUGGUGUGUUUAGAGACUAAAGGUUCCUUUGUUACUAUAGCAACGGGAUGUUUUAUUGAACGGUCUGAGUCUCCAUAUACACACGCAACAGGAAGCACAAGGUUUUGACGGCUGGUGUCAGACCUGGCUGCUCACCUUACUGGGCUUUUUCAUUCACUCAGGUCAUUUGUUCCAGCAAUUUCCCAUUACUACUGUACAGUUACAGUAGCAGCUACUGUAACUGUACAUGUAACUACAGGGUUACAUUUCAGUGCUGUUUUUUCUACAAAAAACAGAGCACGACAAAUGUUAUCUCAAGGCACUUUAUGGCACAAACAGGUCCAAUUCAUAUUCAUAUUCAUAGAAAUAUAAAACCCAACCAAUGCUUACAUGAACAAUCAAAUCAUAAGAAGGUUCAGAGUCAGUCACAGGCAGCCUCAUUUGAUUGUUUAUGCACAUCCGGUCAGAUAUAGCUACAUAUGAUGACGAUUAGUAAAGACUUUUUGAUAACUGAUCUUUUCAGGGAUCUCUUGACCAGCAUUAAGGUCAGAGCUGCAGAUCAGGAAUCCCAAACCAAACAUGGAAAACAAAAUCCAAUGAAAAAAACCCAACUGAACAUUUCUAUCCUCAGUCAGAGAAACUAUUUUAGCUGCUUCUAGAUGUAGCAGACUAGGAGUGCACCGUUUUAUCUUCAAGAAGUCUGACCCGUCGAUUCCCAUUUUGGCUAAAGUUGCUAAAUGUAGCAAGAAUGUCGCUAAGUUGGCAACAAUUGGGUGACUAUUGUCAACUGCAAACAUGCAGACAUGGUGGGCGGGUCUAUCAUCCAAACAUCUCUUACUGCAGAGCAGCAGAGGUCCAAAAAUCAACCAGUGUCCUCUGCUGCUGGAGGUCGGGACUCUGAUUUAGGAAUGAGUUCCUGUUUAGCUCUUGAAAUUAAAACUCAUUAAUUCUCCAAGUCCAAACGCCAAUAAUUUCCCCGGAUGCCGUGUUUCAGCCGGUCUGACACCAGCCACACAUCCAGGUUGUUCAAACUGGACAUACGAUUGCAACUAUCAUCCCUAUUAUAGUUUUCCUUUUGUUUUUCCUUUUGUAUUUUUUUUUGUUCUUGUUGUUUUUAUUUCUGUGUAUUGAUUGAAAAGACAGAAGUGGCUGAGGGUUCAAAUUUGAAUAUUUUGGCUUAAAACUGUAUAUUUGGAGCUCGACCCCUCAGCUACUCUUCACUUUUUCUGCUCUGCGCCUGAAUUCUCUUAGAAAACAUUGGAGCAACACAAAUUGCUCCACAUGGCUGAGGUACUUCUCUCCUCCAUCUCCAUAAGUCAGGAUGGUCAUCUAAAACCUGAAAGAUGUUAGACAAAAAAAAAAAAAGUCGGGAGCUCACUCCCGGACUCCAGGUGGCGCCAGCUGGCUGCAGAUGAAAAUAGAAGGCUGGCUUUAAAAAAGAAGAGAGAAUGUAAGCUAAGCAGUGUGAAAAGCUUCAAAUCAAAUCUUUGUAUUAUUUCUGGAACCAGUUUCUGUUUUCUGCCAGGUACCUACAAAGCUCUGAUUAAAAAAAAAAAAAAAAAGUUGUACUUAAUUUUUCUUUUCAUCUGACCAGGUUGGUAAGAAUUGUAAAAGUUUGGCCUGCAUUCUCCCCUCAUCACUUGCUUCCAGAUGUACUGAGAGAUUGUUAGCGGCAUGAGCUGGCCUUUUGUCGCCACCUGACUCACCGACCAACCAAGUGCACAUUGGGUUGUCCAGAACUCCCUCACUCAGAACUGUGGUAGUGUUUGUAUUUUGCAGAAAAUAAAAAUGCUCAUGUUUUUGUUCCACA